AUGAAAAUGCACAUGACAGGUCAUCGCCACUUUUGUCAAAUCUGUGGAAGGUGGUUCAAAUCUAUGGGCGCCCUUGCUGAGCAUGAGAACACAUGUUUGGCUGUACUGAACGGCGAUUUCGUCAAUACUGAUCGGCCAUUCCGGUGGCAGUGCGCAUACUGUGAAAAAAUGUUCCAUCACAGGAGAGAUAAGAAUAUCCAUGAGAGAGUGCAUACAGGAGAGAAGCCUUACACUUGUGGAUAUUGUGGUAGAGGGUUUUCGCAGUCGCAGACGUUGACGAUUCAUAUCAGGACGCACACUGGGGAGAAACCAUAUCCAUGCAGUGUAUGCGGUCAAGAGUUCAGAGAUAGUUCUGCACUGCGCAAACAUGAAUACAGACAUACAGCGCUCACUUCUUCAUCAGUAGUAUCAUCAUUAUAUGAUGACUCCACUGUGGAAAUUGGUAUGGAUGAUGAACGUCUAUGGAAUGGUAGAGAUUCUUGA